UCUGCAAUAUGGUGUCUGCUGAAAUUCACUACGAAGGUUUUUCAUUCUCCGAAAUUGACUAAUGCGGCAAAAUUUGUAGCAUUUGAACACUUGCUCACUGGGCUGGAGCAACUCACAUGCGUUGAGAACUUGGAUGUGGCCCAGACCAAUAUUUGCUCUCAGACCCUUGUGAUAGUUUUGAACUUGCUGGACGUAAACAGCAAAUUAAUCACCCGAGACUCUGGAAAUAGAUUGGCGAAAGUUCUUGAGCUUCUUUUUCGGGGCAACAUAACAUUCAACUCCCUUUUGGCUAACGGCGUGUUACUAGCCCAGUGUAUUCUGCGCUUCGAUUCAGUGUGCACCAAGGAUGUGCUUUCUUCUUCUGUUUGUACGGACUUUGGCGUCCUAGCACAAAAGCUGAUGAGGAGUGAGUUCGGCCAGUCAUGUCGAAUGGCUCUUCUCUAUGGCCUUAUUUCUGUCUCACCAGAGAAUGAGUUCAUCACAACUGCUGAACAACUGCUGAACACCGUCUUUGAAUUCCCCAAAAUCCCAGAUCCUCUUCAAGAUCUCCUCAUCGCGUUAAGUUGUCAGGCGUGGUGUAACAGACUCAGAAAGUGUGCGCGUUCAGAUGAUAUUGAUUCGACCCUCUGGACCCGUGUAACAGUCGCUCCCGUAUAUGACUUCAUAUUUCUGCAUCAAGCUGACCCGGUUGAUGCUGUCCGGAACUCUGUAAUGAAUACAUUCGAGGGCCUACUCGGGUUCCACCUUGAUACCUGUGAGGACUGCCACCAGGACUUCUGUGCCAGUUUGACGACUAUUCUACGGCGAAUUGUCGGUCAACCCCUCUGGCAGCGCAAUACCCUUCUCCUGCUUACUCGCUUCUUUACAGCCGUCUUUCGGUGUCGGCCCGCAAUCUCUAUGGAAUCAGUCCAUGCCUGGCUACUCUCAUGUGGCUUCCAAUUCACCAGCGUGAUGAGCACGGUGCCCUUUUCCACGCUCAACCUGCAGCACACUUUCUCUCUCGCCUGUCUCCUCAUUAACUGUGCUCGAGACAUUAUUAUGGCGCAGGCUGCUGGCGAGUUGUAUGCCCUCAUCGCCGGAAAGCUUAAUUCGACUGAUGCCGCCCACAAAGAUCACCUGGAUGCCUGGAUUUCUGCCCUCGUAUUUGUUUCUUCACAACCCUCUGUUGACGGGAGCCUCGCCUUCUUCCGGCCAUUCCUGGACAAAAUCUUUAAUCUGGCGCCAAACGUUGCUACUUUGAUAUUGGAAAAGGACUCUGAGGAAUUCACCGCUUACGGUUUGGGUGUUCUGCUCCACUGUUAUCGUUUCCGCUUAUCAAAGAAGGGACCUCGCCAUUCUUCGGACCAAUUUCUCAUUCGUCAUCGCGAACGCUUAUGCAGAGCUUGCCAGAGUCAGGAUCCCCUUCUUCGCCUAGAAGCUCUCGGAGUAGUCGAAAUGAAACUGUGCAGUUCAACGCUGAAGGAUUUGGACAUUCUGGAUUUAUUCGUUGAUUUGGUCGAGCUCAACGUUUCUACCACUCCUCUCAAUCUUCGUAACCGACUUGCCCACUCCGUUCAGCGUGUAUCAGCCGGUAUCGUCGAGACCGUUGCUCGUGCCUCGAAAGACCGUCCCGAAAAGUGCACUCAGAUGGGGGAACUUCGGGAAAAAUGCGAGGUUUGUUUUCCACAUUACAAGCCUUAUCGUAUCUCCCAGCUUUUCUGUGAAUAA